UGCGGGCAGCUCCCGCAAUGGCUGCGCUGCGGAGGCUCCUGUGGCCGCCGCCGCGGCUGCCGCCUCCGCCCUCCCCCCACCACCCCCUUCCCGGGCUGUGGGGGCGGCCUGCGGGGACGGCCCCGGGCCAGCCUGGCCGGCCCUUCUCCUGCCGGGAGGAGGAAGAGGGGGCUGUGGCGGAGGCGGCGUGGAGGCGGCGGAGGCGCUGGGGAGAGCUGAGCAUCGCGGCGGCGGCCGGCGGGGGUCUGGUCGGCCUUGUGUGCUACCAGCUGUACGGGGACCCGAGGGCCGACUCCGCGUGGGCGCCCGCCCCGGGGCGCGCCUCGGACAGCGCGGCCGCGGACCCGGAGGACCCGCCCCGCGCCCGGGGGCUGCUGCCCAUCCCGGUCGCGGCUGCCAAGGAAACGGUUGCUAUCAACAGAUCAGACAUUGAAGACUUAGACCUCUAUGCAACAUCUCGGGAAAGGAGAUUUCGUUUGUUUGCUUCUAUAGAAUGUGAAGGGCAGUUAUUCAUGACUCCAUAUGAUUUUAUUUUGGCUGUUACAACAGAUGAGCCCAAAUUUGUGAAAACAUGGAAGUCACUUACCAAACAGGAAUUAAAUCAAAUGCUCUCAGAAACACCACCAGUUUGGAAAGGAUCAUCAAAGCUUUUUCGUAAUCUUAAAGAAAAAGGUGUGAUUUCUUACACAGAAUAUCUUUUUCUUUUAUGUAUUUUAACAAAGCCACAUGCAGGUUUUAGAAUAGCUUUCAACAUGUUUGACACUGAUGGCAAUGAGAUGGUGGAUAAAAAGGAGUUUUUGGUGCUUCAAGAGAUAUUCAGGAAAAAAAAUGAGAAGAGAGAAACAAAAGGAGAUGAAGAAAAACGUGCAAUGCUGCGUCUUCAACUUUAUGGAUACCAUUCUCCUACUAAUAGUGUACUUAAAACAGAUGCUGAGGAACUUGUCUCCAGAAGCUAUUGGGAUACACUGAGACGUAAUACAAGCCAAGCACUCUUUUCAGACCUCGCAGAGCGUGCUGAUGACAUUACAAGUUUAGUAACAGAUACUACACUGCUUGUACACUUUUUUGGAAAGAAAGGAAAAGCUGAGCUCAACUUUGAAGAUUUUUAUAGAUUUAUGGAUAACCUUCAGACAGAAGUUCUAGAAAUAGAAUUCCUUUCCUACUCUAAUGGGAUGAACACUAUCAGUGAAGAAGAUUUUGCUCAUAUUCUUUUACGAUAUACAAAUGUGGAAAAUACAUCAGUAUUUUUGGAAAAUGUGCGUUACAGUAUACCUGAAGAAAAGGGUAUCACAUUUGAUGAAUUCAGAUCAUUUUUCCAGUUUUUGAACAACUUGGAAGACUUUGCAAUAGCCUUGAAUAUGUAUAAUUUUGCAAGUCGUUCUAUAGGACAAGAUGAAUUUAAGCGCGCUGUCUAUGUAGCUACUGGCCUCAAACUUUCACCACAUUUAGUGAAUACAGUCUUCAAGAUUUUUGACGUUGACAAAGAUGAUCAAUUAAGUUAUAAAGAAUUUAUUGGAAUUAUGAAAGACAGACUCCAUAGAGGAUUCCGGGGUUAUAAAACAGUGCAGAAGUAUCCCACUUUCAAAUCCUGUCUAAAGAAGGAACUUCAUAGCAGAUAAGUACUUAUAAAGCAGAGUUUUAACGAUUCUUAUCUACACGACAAUGGAAGAAGCACAAAUUUCAGAGAGUGGAAGCAGGUCUGAGAUCAGAACAUGUGGAAAUGAAGGAAAAGAUGAAAUGCUAAUUAUAAUUUUUCUUGACUGAACUCUUAAACAAAAGACAGAUAAAAUGCAUCUUCUCAUUAACUUUACAUGUUACAUGUUAUCAAGUUGAGCUUUUACCUUGAUUUACUGAAUUCUUUGUACUUUUUCAUUCCCUUCAGAAGUAUGUAGAUACUUCCAAUGACUAUAUAAGAAUGUAUUUUAAAUAUUUUUUUAUUUAUUAGAAAUUGCCUCAUUUUAAAAUACAAUGUGACUCCUGGAAUCUAGAUCAUUUAAAAAUUAACAGCAACAACAUAUUAUCUUUGGUUUUGAACUGUGAACUUAUUUUCAGAAAAUGAAUAUUCCUUGAGAUUUAUUUUAGGGCCUUUAGAAUUGUUUAUAAAUCCCCAUUAUUUCCAAGUUUUUAAUUACAUUAAGAUAGUUUUGAAAAACAAAUAGAAAUUAAGCCACUAUAUAAUACACUGUGAUGGUUUACAUUAUACUUUUACUUAUAAAAGUACUCAUUAUACAUUGUGUGAAUCAUAUAAAGUUUUUAAAAAGUUUUUGUUCAUUUACCAAAAUCAUCAGAAUGUUUGGUAUUCUUUUAUGUAUGCAGUAAAGAAAUUUAAAAUGUAGAUUCUUUUUUUCUCAAAAAAAGUCACAUCUUGAUGGUAGAAGCAGUAGCAUUUGUGGCAGCAUCCCUGUCCUUGCAAUUAUGGUCUUGAACAUGCUGCUGCUCCUCACUGCAGAUGGCAUAUGUUCAUGACACCAGUCAAAAUAGUCUCUUGCAGCUUUGCAACUUCCUGCAUAUUGUUAGUCUGUGAGUACUAUAAAAUGCAAAAAUAAAAUGGUUUAGAAGAGUGAUGUAUAUAUUUAAUAGAAUAUUUUGUUUCUUGUAAAAGGACCACAUGCAGAAGGGAUGCCAGACAGCCAGUAAUAAUGAAUAAUUUAAGAAUAAUUCAUUAUUUCAAAACAAUAUGACUUAAAGAGAAACUUUCUAGUGAGAAACAAAAUCAGACUUUCACAUGGAGAAAAUAAUUUGAUAGUACUUAAUGGAAGUCUGUUCAAUUAAAAAGUGUAAUUUAUAAAAGGAUACGGUGCAAAAAUAAGACUGAAUUUAAGUUAAUAUGUUUAUAUAUUAUAUGUAGAAGAUAAGUUCAUUUAUCUUCUUUUUUAAGAUGUAUUUAAUGUAAAUUGCACACACUCCAACUAUUACCUUGCUUUUGCAUAUAAAAAUAGGAAAUACUUUGUUUUUAUAAGUUAUUAAUGUGAAGUUGAUAGUUCCACAUCAGCCUAUUUAUAAAAAUAUUAUUUCCAAGAAAAAGUUACUAUUAGCAUUAAUGUAUUUGUUAAACUUUUUACAUUCUUUAUCUGGUAUUAUUUAUUACAUUGAUAUACAAUUAUAUGAUUCAUAGAUUUGAAGAUUCCAUAUAGUAUAAUAGUUUAAUUUCACCUGCUUUGAAGGUUGAUUCAAUUGACUAACUACAUGAAAAUGCCAAUCCACUCAUUUAACAUGACCACGGCCUGUUUUAUCUUGCACUGAAUGUUCUCGAUAGUAAUUAUUUGAUAUCCAGAAUAAUUUUUAAAAUGCAAUUUACUUUUAUCUUUGACUAUAAGCUAUAUUAUCUUGCCUACGUGGAGAAAUUGCUAUUGAGAACAGCUCUAUAAAUAUAGAUUUAAAAAUGAAUUAUUUCACUAAAAUUCUUCAUAAUUCUGUCAGUCUCCCAAGGUAUCCUACAUAUGCAGUCUUUAUUGCUUUUCAGUGUAAAUGAAUUUUCCUUUACUUAUAAGGCUGCAGCAUAAUACUAAAAUGGGAAUAAAUAAAAUAUUCUGAUUAAAUGAAAAAAGUAGUAAAUUACAGUCCCUCUGUAUUAUCACUGUUGAACUCUAUCAUCUAUAAAAUGGGAGGUAAAAACAUCUCCCUGGAUUUUUGUUUACAUCAAUUAAAAAACUGUUAAUGCUCUGAAAAUAGUAACAGACUAAAUGUAUGCUGUUAUCCUCAGUAUUUCCUUCUACAAAUUAUUCUUUGGAAACAUGAAGCUAUAGAUAAAUUUUAGUAUCAUACUUUACAGAAAAUCUACAUCCCAAAAGGUUUUUGCUAUUUCUCAGGAUCAUUUCAUAUUUAGAAAUUCAUUUAACUUAAGUCCCAAUUUAUUGUUUUUAUUAUAAUAUAUAAUUGUAAAAUAACAAAGUGUUGUACAUUCUUAUAUUAUCUUAAAAUAAAUAUACCUGCCCUUGAACUAAGAAACUUAUUAGUACUUUGUUUUAUGUAUAUCUGUGGACUACUGUCUUUCUGAAAAAUGUCAGCUUUGAACUUUGAAAAUUUUUGUUGAUAACCAAACCGACAUUGAUUUUAGACCUUCUGGUAUGGCAAUACAUGCCAAUGAGAUUAAUCUCACCAGUAUUUUAGUAGGUGUAAAUAAAUAAAUCACAGAGCCAUAAAGCUUCUCAAAGUGUAUAAUAGGAAUUCAUAUAUUGUAGAAUUAUAGUCAUAGGUACUGGAAAGCUUCUCAGGAAGCUUCAUGUGACUUAAUGAAGUAUCAAUUUUGCUUUACAGAACUGAGUGUUUAAAUGUCUUAAAGUGAUUAAACCAACACUACUAAUGUUGGUACGUGGUAGACCUCAUUUUACUAAGACAACUCCUAUUCUUUUAUAGCCAUAAAUUAACAUUUAACAUAGUGCUUUUACUUCCAUUGGCUGUAAAAAUAUGAAUUGUGUAAUAUUCACUAAGUAUUAAAUAAAAA